CAGCCGACCAAGACAUCCACACGAGAUGACAACAGAGUGCAACGACCGCGACAAGGUCACCGCCUAGGGCUACCGCCUUGUCGUAAACACAGAUCGAGACAAGCGCUCGCGACAUCUGAUCUAGACCCGUGUCGCCAAUGGCGACGGUGGGCUCGCAAUGCCAUUUUCGUGGAGGGGUAGGCACGACGCCCUCGCAUCUCGUGGCGGCGGCAGCCAGUGGCGGCUGGUCCAGCGUCAAAUAAGUCGCGAUUGUGCAGGUGUGUAAACCCAGCAUGUGCCGGUAGCCUCCUUGGGCUAUGACCUUGAGCACCACCCCCGAAGUCAGAGCGCCUUGUACUACAGCGACCGAGACGAACAUGCUCUGGUUCAUCAACUCGACCAUCUACGAUGGUCAUGGCCGCAGCCAAGACACGAUCAUGAUGGUGUAGCAAGUGCAACGACCGUUGAUUAAAAAGACGGCGCGAAACCGCUCGCAUGGCGGAGCGAUGCUUCUGGAGCGCCCGGCCCAAUGCCUCCAGCGCGUGCGAGAAGACGACGUGGGACACGUGUGGGUACGCGAGCCUUUUGCUGACGCCGAUCGUCCUCCUCUGCGUCUACUGGCUCGCGUUUGGUGUCUACAUGCUUCGGAAGGACGACUCGACCACCAAGCUCUUGACGUUCGACGUUGCCCGCAUCCACGACCCGGUCGCUCAAGGCAUUGCAAUUGCGCUCGCGCAGCGCCGGCACACGACCGAGAAGCCAUCGCACUUUCAGCACAACAUGAAACUCUGCGCGAUGUGGGCCGAGUGGCCCUCGCUCUCGUACGCGCCGCUCUCGGUCGCGCUCAAGGUCAUCAGCGCCGACGAGCCGAUCAACUCGGUCGUUUUCUCGCUCAACGUCACCAACGAAACCGCCAACGUUGCGAUUGCUUGCUCGUGCGCCGUGCUCGUGAGUAGUCUCUGGCUCUACAAGACGUGGCGGCGUACAGACGACCGGCUCUUGCGGCGGUUUGCGUAUCCCAUCACGUUUGACGUGCUCUACAUUCCGCUCGCUUCGACGUUUCUGCGCAUGGCAGUCUGUCCGCUGGGCCACGAUCGUGUCGCUCUACCGGACGGGUCGACGUGCGACUGCCUCGAUCGCUACGGAUUUUUUUGGGCAUUCGGGUCGAUCGGUUUUGUGUCCAUCUACUCGUGCGCUAUCUACUACAAGAUGUUUAUCGAGCCGACAGGGUCGACGAUGGACUUUCGCUUUGAGACAAGCUUCCAGAUCAUCAUGGUCAUGGCGCGGACCCUCAACCCGCUCCUUUCGAUGCUGGCCAACAGCGUCGGGCUGACGCACCACGCAGCGCGCGCUGUGCCAUUGACGCUCGCGUUUCUCGCAUCGCUCUCGUUUCUGCUGCUCGCAGCGUACAAGACGCAGCCGUGCAUUGGGAGCGGCCGCCUUCCCAACAACAUACGCGUGCUUUCGUUCUCGAGCUCGCUCUACACAACGCUGUGCGUGCUCGGCUUUCUUGUGGCGGGCGGCCCCCCACAAAACCUGCACUACUCGCUCGCGCUGCUGCCGCUCAUCUGGGUCACGGCGUGGGUCGUCAAUGGUCGACGCGCUGCCAAGUUUCACAUCCCGAGUCUCACUAUUGUCGAGUUGCUGCACGACAGCACGCUCCAAGCCAAGACGGUGGGCGCUAUCGCAGCGCUCCAUGUGAACCCCCUCAACAUUCGCUCGAAAGACUAUGAAGCCAUUAUCGCCAUGGCACACAAAACAGUGAAAAUCGCGCGCCUUCGUGAGCUCCACUGCCGCCUCUACUGCGCGCGCCUUUUGUGGUUUUGUCACAUUGAGAGCUAUCGCCGGGCGGGGACCCGCGUCGGGGAACCCAAGCCCGAGCUAGCACUCGUGCCCGGUCUCUGGUUCAAAGAUGCGGCCAAUGAAGUGCGCGUAUCAUCUCGGAAACUUCUCAAGGCCAAGACGCGCAACGUGUCGACGCAGCUCUCCAAAGUCAAGAUUCGGCACAUUGAGCAUGUCACCGAUCCAACGGCAUCGACAACACAUAUCGACAAGCCUACCGAGCGUCGGGCCCGCCCGCCGUCACUCUACCAGUCGGUCAAGCGCCUCCUCACGGUCACGUCACCGAUCUCGGGGCGCGCCACGCCAUACCGUCGCAGCAUCGUCAGCAUCCCGUCGGUCGUCGAUAGCAACGGGUACUACGUCGUCGCCAUCCGCGAUAAAAACUGGAUCGCCAAGCUCGAGGCGCCCGACCCCGCUCUUCAGCAAUUCGACGCCCUCUACCGCGCCAUGCUGGAGAUGCUCGAGCAAAGCUGUACGCUGGACGACCAUACAGCGAUGUUUGAAGCCGCGUCCUUUCUGCUGCAAUGGUACCGGUCGAGUUACUUGCAUCUCAACAAAACCAUCUACUUGCACAUCGUCGCGACGUUCUGCGCGCUUCCGGACAUCGCGAGCGCCGCGGAUGCCACGUACACGCUGCAUCAACUCACGGUCGAGCUACGGACACUCCCGGCCGACCUCUGGCUGUCCAAUGCAUCGGACUUGAACCGAUUUGUGCAAGCUCUUGGCCACCCGAGUGCGAACACCGUCGCCUACUGCGCGGAAGUGCUCGCGCACCUCUUGGCCGCGGCCGAGACCAAGCCGUCGGUCAACUUGUACGUGCUCUUGAUGCCGAGCUCGAUCGCGAGGCUCCACGCGGCCUUUUCAAGUUGGCACCGCAAUUACCGCAUCAGCGAUUGUCUCGAGCGCGCGUGCACGAGCCUCUACUGCCUUCAACUUCGCUCGAAUCUCGGAAAGCGCAACUCGAUUGGGAUGCGGCAGCAGUCGACCGCCAAGAUGUUUGUGGCGCUCGUAACGCAGAUCACGUCGGUCGUCGCUCGCCCGAUCGUUGAGAGCGUGCGUCGGCGGAGCUCCGGGCGGGCGCUGACCUUGCCGACGAGCACGGGCCGGCGCAUCUCGGCCAAUGUGUACGGUGCUGCGCGCGACGCGGCGGGAAAAGGUAUUUUGCUCAAUGGGUUUGUCCAGCCGACGGGUCUAUCGCGGAUGCCGUCCUUGUCGCACGGCGCGCAAGAGGCGGCCGUGCCGCCACCAGCCCAGCCCAAGGCCAAGCCCAUGACAUCACAAGCGCUCUUGGCCCAGUUUGUCGCAACGUCGACGCCGGCCAGACUCGCUCGCAGCCGCACAAUGCGAGAGAGCACCAAGCCACGCACCGCGAAGAAGGCGUCGCCCGACCACUUUACCUUUGUGACGCCCGAGAUGCUGGCCGAGAUUCAACGUCGACGGACGCUGCGUCAGCAAAUGCUCGAGCUCCUCGAAGCAACGUAUGCGCGCUUCCAGACCACCGCGUCUCGGACAACAACAGAGAAAGGCCGGCACAACGCAAGUGCGAUCGACGUCAUGAUCACGUACACCAAGGUGCUGCAGAUGUACGUCGAGGCCGAGGACUGCGCGAUGGCCGACUACGUUGCGACCGCGCUUGAUCCAUCGCUGCGAACGUUUUUUCACACCAACGUGCAGCCAUUCAUGAGCACGUACCUCGCACGUAUUCGCGCCUCACAGCGGUUGCGCGCGUGGUGGCGACGCACGUCCAACCGAAGGUAGUUGGAGGCCACUGAUAACCUUUUUUGUCUUUUUCG